GCUGGGCAGAAUCUGGAGAGAUGAAGCCCCAUCGCAGAGCUGCUUGUUCCCUCAAGUCUGAAUGCAGGUUACUCUGGCUGCAAAAAGGAGGUGGCCAUAUGCCAACUGGUAAAUUGCUGGAAGACCCUCUUGCAGCCAGAUUUUCCUCUGGUUAAUCGUCAAAGCUUUCUACAGAGUAGGUGGAGCAACUGAAGAAAGGUCACCAUUCUCCUGGCCUAAACAAGAGUUGGUAGGGAGAGCCCUUUAAAAAAAAUAAUCUCUAGGCUUUUGCAUUCACUCCAAAACAUGAAAUACUACAUAUUUGGCAAAUCUUGAAGAGCAUUCCUUCAUCUCAUGACUUUCCCCUCCAGAAUUUGGGCAAUGAUGGGGUUGGACUGAGGAUUUGGGAGUGGAUUAGCAUUGAUUUAUUGAUUUUUUUGAAUGAGAGAUAGGCAGGUUCUCUUCCUGAAGAGAACUGGAAGUCUUGAUCUGCGUUCUGGCAUUUGAACUGGACAACAAACAUAUAUGUUGCUUAUCUACACCAGGCAGUAUCAUUAAGUAAAUACCUCUAAGUAAGAAGAGGAACGUUUUUGUAUAGUGUCACAGAAUUUUCCCUGGCAGAACUUGACCUGAAUAUACCAGUUUUCACUUAAUCUAACAUACCAUUUUUGUCUUUGUUGUUGUUCUUUACUAUAUAAAGAGCAUAUCUUUCUCAUUUCAGUGGGAUGUUAAAGUUUUGUGUAAGAACAGUGACAGGAGGGGAAGGUAGGGUAAAGAGAGUCCUUCCUUGAUACUGUGUCCUCUGAAUCACAUAAUAUGAGAGCCGGAAGGGGCCUUUGAGGAGCCCAACCCCCUGCUCAAUGCAGGAAUUAAAGAAUUCCCAAGAAAGGGAGCCCCCACCUCCCUUAGCUGUGGGUUUCACCAUCAAACUGGUUCCAGUUCAGUAGUUUUGUUCCUAACGUUGACUUUCCACAGCAUCCCCCCUUGUGAGGCUGCUAAGGGCUACCUCUCCUUCACCCACCCCAGACUAGGCUACCCUCAAGGCAAUGGCAGGGCUCACCCAGUCUCAGAGAAGCGCCCAAGACACUUGCAACAAGCCACACAGGCUUGGAGCCCAGUGGAAAACCACAGGAACUUGGAAGGAAAGAGGCCCGUGCCUGUCUCCCAGGCCACUUUUGUCAUUGCUUCUCCCUCCCUUCAAAUGUCUAACCAGUCUCCUCGUUGUGGAGAAAAUGGUGUACUCUGAGCUAACCUAGAAGCCUGGGACAAAUAAGGCUGAGCGAUGUUUUCUCUUUCUUCAGCAUGGCCACUGGGCCAAAGGUCAGCACCGCCAUUAUGGUUAAGUAUUAACAGAAGUUCCUAACUCCAAACUGCUUUGCUAUAAUGAAGGCUUACUUUCCAGGGGUGGCUUGUGUAGAAAAGCACCUUGUGUGAGACUGCUCCGCCGUCACUAGAGAGCAAUGGCCUCUUUACGCUCCCUGUAAUUUUGGACACCUUUAUGCCAACAGUGUUUUCUGCGAGCUUUGGAGCCCUUGGGGUUCUCUGAGCUUGGUGGUUUUCUCGCAAACGUUUCAUUACCCAGUUAGGAAACGUCUUCAGUGCUAGCUUUUGUAGGGCUAAAGCACCACUAGAAUACUUUGCUAACUCAGACUUAUGUGCCAGCUUUAUGACAUAGCCUCCAGCCAGAUUUAAGUCACGAUUAAGGCUUCUCUGUCUUGUACUGAAAAAAAAAAAAGCAGAAGCGCCCUGCUAAAUCAAUCCUUUCAGGAGACCGGAUUCAAGGCAACCUUCAAACGUCCAGAUGUUCCCAGCACUUCUUACUUUUUGGAGAGCAGUUCUUCUGUUAGGGUGGACCACAGGUGAAGAAUGACCUUCAAAUAUUUGUUGCUCUUCCUGCUGUAUUUCGUGCAAGGAAUACCAUAUGGGCUACAGUCUGGACUGCUGCCGAUCUAUUUCCGAACAGUGGGUGUCUCCUUCACCAAGAUCAGCCUUGCUAGGCUGCUUUAUUUGCCAUGGAUCCUCAAGGUGCUGUGGGCCCCCUUUGUGGACUGGUAUUUCACCAAGAAGAUCUGGCUGUUGUUGACCAUGUGGGGCUUGGCCCUGACCUGCCUGGCCUGCUCCUUGCUAACACCAGAAGUGGACUUCCUCUGGGUGGCCAUCAUUUUACUGCUCAUGAACUUGUUUGCUUCUGUCCAGGAUGUUGCAGUUGAUGGGGUUGCCAUCCAGUUGUUAGGACAUGAGGAGGUGGGGUUCGGCAACAGCAUCCAGGUUGUGGCCUACAAGCUGGGCUCUGUACUGGCAGGAGGUGGCCUGCUCGCUUUCCUCCAUCAUCUAGGCUGGAGAGCUCUCUUUGUGUAUCUGGCUCUAUUGUAUGUCGUGGCCAUCAUAUUCACCUCAAAAUUUCAUCUGAGAUCCCCUUCCCAGGACAGCCAUGCUAAGGACACGAACUUAAGCCUUUGGGAUCUCCUCCACGAGCUUCUCCUUGUGCCAGACACUCCUUGGACUGCUGGCUUAAUCCUAAUCUAUAAAUUGGGUGAACAGGGGUCGGUUUCCAUGUUCCCCCUCUUCCUUCUAGAUCACGGCUUCUCUCCACAGAAGCUUGGUUUCUGGAACGGGAUUGUGGCCACCGUCUUUUCCAUUACAGGCUCUUCACUAGGCGGCCACCUGACAUCAAAAAACAGGAACUCCAGGCUUCUGCAGACCUUGCUGACCCUCCGCUUCUGCAACCUGCUGUUCCAGACCUGGGUGAUGGUCACCUACACAAACAAAGCAGUUGCCUUUGAAGUGGCCGCAGUGCUGAGCAUCUGUAUCCAGCACUUCAUUGGGGGGCUGAUCACCACGCUGGUCUUCAGUAUGAUGAUGCUCUGCACUCAGAAGGCAACAGAGGGGAUCCAGGCCACUCACUACAGCCUUCUCGCUGCCCUGGAGGUCUUAGGCAAGCUGGCCUUCAGCACCAUGGCAGGUAGCCUGGUGGACUGGCUGGGGUUUCUGCAUGCCUUUGGGAUCUUCCUCGCCCUCUCCUUUGUCUCCUUGCUGUAUACACUGUAAACCAGAACGGGGCGGAGGCUGCUCGGCCAGGAUCAGUCCAGUGACAUCGGCCAAAGAGAGAGAGCUUUCUUGGUUGUUCCUGCCCUCACGGUGAAGCCCUCGGGGAGAAACAGAGGUGAAGCCCAAUGAAGCCAGGGACAUCUCAUUAAAACAACUGCCUCAUGCAACUGUUUCCUGACCAGUCCUCCUUGACAAGGGUGGGGAAGGAAAGUCAGCACCACUCACGUGAGCCAUGAGGAACAUCAGAUGGGGAACAGAGGUUGCCAUGCAGAUUACAGGUAGUCCUUGUUUAGCAACCACAAUGGGGACCAACUUGUUUUUUAAACAAAGCAGUUGCUAAG